AUGAAUUGGGUUAAGAAGUUCAAUGUGUCGUCGAUUGGCAAGGGGCCUGAAAAAACAUCCUUAAGGUGCUGGGGUCGUAGGCCAUCCAGGCCUCCAGAAGAACCGUUUUUGAACGAUUUAACGGCCCUCAGCACCUCGGCGGGAGAAACGCAACCAGCCGUUGGUGUCAAUGCGGGAAAGACCCGCCUGUCCACCGGAAUUUUUGGGUGGAUGGAACAUAAUUUAUCAAAGGUGGCCGGCGAGCUCUUCGCCAGGCCCUCCGGCAAACAGACAAUUCUGACAGCCGAGGACAGGUUUCCCUGUUCAAUACAAGAUGACACAGCGUUGAUCCAUCGAUCGGGGUUGUGCUUUUGUGAUUUGGCAUUAUUGAACCCAUCAAAGCACAGUACCAGGGUUUCAAGACCAAUAGUUGAAUAUUCGCUUAGACGCUUGUUGACCAGAUUGCCCUGGUUGACCCGGCGACCCCCUCACACCUGGCGCAGGCCGGUGACCUGUAGCAGCUAUGAGCUGUGA